GAAUCUUCAAAACUCCAUCCCAACUAUUUGGUUCCUGGUGUCAUCAAUGCUGCCGAAACCUGGGACCUAUUACUUCCCCUGGGAAGUCAGUGAUGGCCAAGUUCCUGACGGAAGCACACUGCGAACAUUUGGCAGGUUGUGCUUCUACGACAUGACACGCUCCCUUGCCACCCUGACAGCACGGUACACGUCUGAUCAGUGUCAGCUGCGAGUCUGCACCAAGCUGGUGGAGCCAUUUGAGCCACAUGUGGACUUCCUGUACAUGGUUCUGGGGGAGCUGGAGCAUGAGGAGGAUGGAGGUCCUGUGGUGAAGGCCCGGCUGCUCACCUGUGUGGAGGGGAUGGAUCUAUCCUUGUUAGAAAAAGCCAUCUUGGAGCAGAGGCUGUACCUGCAGAAGAAGCAGCAGCCCACAGGAGCCACCAACACCUUGCCAGCCCCUCCAUGUGCUGUUCAUUUCCAGUAACGGUUUUCAUCUAGAACCAGAAAUUGGCGGCUCGGGGGUGGGGGUGGGGGUGGGGUGAUGGUGGGGAGAUGCCCCUUCCCUGGACUCUGAACUGAUCUGUAAAUGAAAGCCCACCUCAAGCCAGCCGUGGUGGCCGGUGCCUGUAAUCCCAGCGAUAGGGAGGCAGAGUCAGGAGGAUCUGGAGUUUAAGCCCAAUCUGAGCUACAUGAGACCCUUUCUCUAAAAUAUAUAUCUGAUAUCUGGAGCUGUGACUUGUGAAAGACACGAAGGGUUGGUUCCUCAGUGUCCUCAUGAAUAAAGAAAGAGUAUGAGCUUA